AUGAAUAAAAAUGACAACAAGGAUCAACAACUAAAUGCCCACAACGACUUGAACUACCAAAAGAGAUCAAUAUCCAAAAUCGAGCCUACGGGUCCCCCCGAGGGGCCGUCAAAGCAGAUGGAGUAUUCGAAGGAUGUAAUAACCCGAGCAGCCUUCAGUCUGGCUGUAUUGAAGAGGCAAAAAAAUAACGAGAUCCAAGGAGACAAAAAAGUAGGGAGAUUAGGAGGGGAACACAAAAGACGACCCAAGAGAGAGAUAACAAGAACAACGUCACUAGACAAACGCAGGAUUCAGGACACUGUCCGUGUCGACUCAACAGGAGCCUACAGGAGCCAAUAUACGUUAGAAGUCUCAUACGCGUCCAUUUUUAAGUAUGGACAUAGGAAACUAACGGAGGCCUAA